AUGUCGACGACACAAGCUCCAAGAAAACUUCGUGAUGCAGAACUUACUGCACUCAAAGCCAGUUCAAGACUCAAUGAAGAAGAAAUACAAAGCUUGUUUGAAAAAUUUCAAGCGAUGGAUGAAUCUGGUACGGACAAAAUGAAUAAAGAGCAAGUUGUGAAAUUCUACAUAGAAAUUGGUAGUGAUCGUGGUACAGAUGAGCGCAUAGCUAAUAAUAUUUUUGGUAUCGUGGAUCAAGAUAAUGAUGAUUUACUUAAUUUUAGUGAAUUUGUUUUGGAACCACGGGGCUCUGGAAACCCUUUUCAACCGCCGAGUAUUGCAGGCUUGAAAUCUCCACAACUAGAGAACUCUGGACUUCGUGGAACAUCUCAUUUGAUAGAGCAUCAAAAGAUCUAUCGAAUCAUGUGUGCGCCGUCGGACGGGAGUAAGGUUUCACCGAGAUAG